AGUGCGAUUGAGUCCUUCCGGGGGCACUGGGCUAUGAUUGGUUGGCGUAGGGCCGGGUUUCCGGAGGGUGAUUAGCUGGAGGGUGGCGGCGGUCGCUGAAGAACACAAAAAUGGCAGGUCGCAGAGCCGCUCUGAAAGCGAUUGACUGGAUGGCAUUUGCAGAGAGAGUGCCUCCCAAUCAGAGAGCUAUGUUUAAUGCCCUGAAAACACGCAGCGAUGCCCUUUCAGCCAAGUUGACCUCCUUGCCUGAGAAGCCCCCAGCUAUUGACUGGGUUUAUUACAAGACUGCAGUUGCUAAGGCUGGCAUGGUGGAUGAGUUUGAAAAGAAGUACAAUGCACUAAAGGUUCCUGAGCCUGUGGACACACAAACAGGCAAGAUAAAUGUCCAGGAACAGGAAGCUGCUAAGAGUGCUGCUGAAUAUGUGCAAGCCUCUAAAUCCCGUAUUGUCCAGUAUGAGAAACAGCUUGAGAAGUUCAGAACCAUGAUUCCAUUCGAUCAGAUGACAUUUGAGGACUUGAAUAAGGUCUUUCCUGAAACGAAACUGGACAAGGAGAAGUAUCCAUAUUGGCCCCACAAACCCACUGAAGACCUGUAAAUCUGUCUGAAAGUAGUUUCUGGUAACUGUCAAAUUCUCUAGAAACUUUUAAAUAAAGUAAUUGUACAGGGCUUCA